AUGGAUAGUACCGCCUGCCAUGUCAUCUACGUCAAUCGCUCCGUCGCCCACAAUCGCUUCAUCCCUGCUCGACGCGACGACCAAUCCUCAGACGACUCGGACGAUGAACAACCCGAUCACGUUCGUCGCGACAUCAAACCUCUGCUAGACGCCUUCGGUGAUGUGUACGUUUGCUCCACAGGCUCCGCCUGCCUCGAGCACCUUCUUACUCUCCAAGAGGACACCGUCUGCUCCAUGUCGCCCGCCAUUGUAUUAAUAGACACGCCUCACAAUGAGCAAAUACGCCCUUCCCACAUAUCUUCCUCGCCGGCCUGGCCUAACGAGGCAAGCACAUCCGAAGCCGCUGAGUCCUCUGGGAUUCAGGCCCCGGAUGACGAAGUCUACGGUCUCAACCUUCUCCAGCAAAUCAUCACCGAGUCGCAUCUGCGUUGUAUGGCCAAGCGCGUCGUUCCGGUGCCCAUCAUCUCCUAUCCCGAACCCACCUCGGAUCAGGCACGCGAGCAAAUGACAGAUGGUGCCACCGACGUGCUUUCCCCCAUCCCCCUCCACACCCUCGCCGCCCAUCGUCCGCUCAUUAGAAAGUGCCUCGACCUUGGCGCCGUUGAUGUCAUCAUCAGCCCUCUCAGCUCAAAGUGCAUUACCACGCUCGAAAUCUGCGCUUACAAGGCGCAUAGGGACGCUGCUCGCGAGCAAAAGGAACUCCUCGAAGUUACCCACGGCCGCAAGCGCUCCUGGGUCGGUGUCAGCGACCAGCAGCCCUUUGCCUACCUACGCGAGGCCAUGGUCUCCAAACUUAUGAAGGGCAUCUGCCGCAUGGCCCCCGACGACGGCGAAAUUGCCAGCGCUCACAUUUCCGUCUCUACAGACCGUCAAUCAGAUAUUGCAUUAGCCGUCUCCAAGUGGCACUUUUGCGCCAAUUCGUUUACCGACGACGAAUUGCUCGUCGCUGCCAUGUUCAUGUUCCAACACGCCCUUUCCAUGCCCGAAUUGGAGCGCUGGCGUCUCCCAGCCGACCAGCUCAUCAACUUUCUUAUCGCGUGCCGUACCGCUUAUAACAGCUUUGUACCAUAUCACAACUUUCGCCAUGUCGUCGACGUUUUACAAGCGACGUUUCACUUCCUCGUCAACGUGGGUGCCUUGGCAAGCUAUCCCGCUCGAGGCCCGACGACCCCCAUCACGAAAUCUCCCAUCGCUUCACUCUUGACUCCAUUUGACGCCUUGACCUUGCUCAUCACCGCUAUCGGCCAUGAUGUCGGUCACCCAGGUGUCAACAACGGUUUCCUCGCCACACUGAAUGCUCCCCUCGCCCAACUCUACAAUGAUCGCUCCGUACUCGAAUCCUUCCAUUGCGCCGCCUAUGCCCAGAUCCUCCGCAGAUACUGGCCUGCUGCUUUUGAGGACAGAGGCAUGCGUGCCCUCAUGAUAAGCUCUAUUUUGGCCACCGACAUGGGACUUCACUUUGAUUACAUGAAGAAGCUUGGUGACUUGCAAGAAAAGCUUCAAGAUAACAAUAGCUCCGAAGGUUGGAACGGUCGCCAGCUGGAAGAGCACAAGGCCUUGGCUUGCUCUCUCAUCAUCAAGUGCGCCGAUGUCAGCAACGUUGCGAGGCAUCACGAUGCCGCCGUCAAAUGGAUGCACAUCUUGGUGGAAGAGUUUUCGCGGCAAGCCUCUAUGGAAAGCGAACUCGGCAUCAAGUCCUCACUUAUCGCUGAGCCAAAGCGGGACCUGUUGUCGCUGUCUACUGCCCAGCUGGGUUUCAUGAAUAUGUUUGCGAUCCCCCUUUUCCAAGGUGUUGCUGACAUCAUGCCGUCGCUCAAAUACGCCGUGGAUGAGUUGGAGCUCAACCGACAAAUAUUUGAACAAAAGGUGCACGACGAAAAACUGAGACAAGCCAACGACGAGAUCGAGCGACGGAAACUGCUGCGCGAAGGAACCUUCUCGCCAAAAACUAGAAGCUGGGUUGCAGAAGAAGGAGAUGACAGCACACAAGGUGUCGCUGCAACGCCGCAACGGACCGAGGGCUCCGAUUCGACCGUGAUUCAGGCUUCCGAGGUCUCUAGCAGCGAGCAGCUCGAGUCGGCAGAGGAAAGCAACGGCAAUGCAGCAGCCGCCGGUCAAGAUAUGCACGACACAGUGCGCGAUUUCUACAACCCCUCUCAGUCGGAGGAUGAUGUCUACAGACAUUUGAACGGCACCUCGUCGGCCUUUGGCACUGUGCGUGACUUUGCUGAUAGUGACCCUUUUCACGUACGUCCAAGAGAUGACGGCGGUGCCGACGGCAAAGCGACUGUGUCUACGAGACAGCGCUGCAGCGAGACCACCGAAGGCAGUGUGUCUGGGGCUUUCACGGGCGACUGGACAUCUCAAGCCACCAGCGCUACCGGAAAGGCCAACUUAUCGCCCAGCACGCAGGGGACAAGCAUCGUUAGCAACGACUCGAUGGAUCGCACCCUCGGACUGCCCUCUUUCAACGUUUCGCCGCCUGGCACACAAAGCGCCCCCCCGCAGAGCAGAGAGGGCCCGCCAGAAGAUGCGAGUGAGUCGAUCUCAAACUCGGGCAGCAUCGGCAAGGCAGAGGGCAAGUCUCUACGCAAAAAGACUAGCAGAUUCAGAAUGAAGGACUUUCCCUUUUUUAGAAGAAACAAGGGGUCCAGCCCUUCGAGUCCGCCAUUCCCUUCCGCCGACGCUACAAGCUGA